GUUCUAGUCGCAUCUCCUCUCUCUCUCACUCUCUCUGUAAUCUCUUAUAUCAACUUUUUUUUAUUCCACUUUAAAUCAUGAAAGCUAAAGAAAUGAAGAAAGAAAGCAAUUUAGCAAGGUUGGUGAAAUCUCCGGUUCGUUUCUUGAUCAUGGCACGUGACGCUUACAUACGUAGCAUGACGUCAUGCUCCGCCGGUUUCAUCCGCGGUGGUGGUGGCUCCGGCGCUUUUGGCUUACCACCCGGUAAUUUCCAAAUCUGCGAAGCACCAACCACCGUUCUCCCUCGUAGCUUCACCCUAAAUUCGGCCACGACAACACGUGAACGUUGCCGGUUUGUCACACGUGGCGCCAGCAGCGGAGAAAUCACGGUGGAGACGACGGCUAUGAAACGACAGAUGGAUCUCCGGAGAAAUUAUAGUUGUAUGGUUAUGGGAAGGAUUGAUGAAGAGAAGGUUUGUGAUCAGUUUGAAGAAGAGGAUUAUAGCAAAAAAAGAAAAAUCGGUGGAGUUUUCACUACUCAUCAACAAUAAAAGAAAGAAAAUGAAGAUGACCAUACUCAUUUUCGUUUCUUUCUUCUUCCAUUUCUGGUUAGAUACAAAAACGCUAAACAGCUGAAAGAAAUUCAUUUUGUGUGCAUUGUUCAAGUGUGCUUAUAGACUUUCUUGCUUGUAUAUAAAUUUCAGUACGGAAUACACAGUCUAGAUUGCAGACAUAGUGAAAGUAGUCCUUCAUUGUGUCAAUUUCGACAUUUUUGAGUUACGUUUUCAACGAACACUGAAUUAGUAUUAAUGCGAGACAGAUGAGAAAUCA